AUUUCCCCUUUUUAUAUAUAUCUGGUAACGUUACUCUCACAUAAAAGGUGUUCAUUUCGCACAUGGAGUUUUUAAGAACGUGUAGGAAUGUUGUCGCUUUAGCAACCGUUUCUACGGGGUUCAUUAAUUGAAUGCAACUUUGGUGUGCGUGAGCUCAUCAGAACCGGAAGGGUGUGUAAGAGAUGGAGACGCCUUGUAAAAGAUCAAAGACUAUGGCGAGCUGUUGAUCUAACUGCAUGGAAAGGGGUGACGUCGCGCAUGCUGUGGGUACUACUGCGCCAGUAUCUGGGCACUGGGCUCCGAUGCCUGCGACUGCGUGGCUUGCUGCUCUCUGCUAGAGGCGGGGCCUUUCUCUCAGAGUCCUGGCUUAAGGCUUUGUCCUCCAGGUGCCCCCGUCUGCGCAGUCUUUCCCUGCUGCACGCAGACCUGAGAGGCUUGCGCAGUUGCCAGCUCCUGCCCACAACGCUGCAGGUCCUAGAGUUGCGUGGCUGUGAGCUACCACAGAGCUUUUUCACCCAGACCCCACCCAGUCCUGAGAAACAAGCUGGAGCGACAUCAACUGCUUCUACUCAGCAACAGGGACGCGGUCAGUCUGGGAAAGUGCCUGCCUCAACGUCAGGGAUUGCCAUUGAGACGAUGGUCCUUGAUAACGUGCCCUCCUUCACAGACCUGCACCUGCAGAGUCUGGCGUCUUGGUUGAAGCUUAGCCGCCUAGAGCUCCGCAACGUCCUUCGGGUCACAGCGGAAGGCCUUAGGCGCAGUGCUGCCCAAGAAACCGACUCAGGCUUAAACGGGCUCUCCAGGCUCAAGUACCUGGAGAUAGGGCACUUUGGGCGGCCUGGCGCCCAGCUGCAGAUGGCCUCCCUGGGGCUGGGUGUGGGCUGGCUCGGCCUAGAGGAGCUAAGCCUUGGCGGUAAGGAGGUGGGGCCAGGCCUGCUGUCCGCCAGCCGCCUGAGGGACCUGAAGCGCCUGCGCCUCAGAUGCUGCAAGCUGAGAGAGAUGCAGGUGCUACGGAGCUGCAGAAUGCUGCGGGAGCUGCGCAGGUUGGAGUUCUGUGAGGUGUUCUUCCAGGUUUGCCCAAAGACACCAGAGAGAGGGGGGGAGGGGGAGAGGCAGGGUGAGGAGGGGAAGGACAAUGGUGCAGACGGUGGUGAUGGGAGCGAUGAUAAACUGGAUGAGAAUGACCCCGUGCCAAGUCUGCGCCGCUCACUUGCUGCUCUGCUGCCACAAUGUACACUAGUGUUCACCAACUGCACCGUUACAAUAACCUCAGACUAGAUUACAUACUACAUAGUAUGUUACACAUCUGGUUCCCUUAUUUACAUUUACAUAAUUUAGCAGACACUCUUAUCCAGAGCUUAUUCUACUGUGGUAAAAUACAAACAUUCCUGUCAAAGCUAUACUUAAAACAUGUUUGCAAACUCUGAUGCGUCACCUUUUCGUUGACAUAUGUAGAAAACAAACAUACCCAUUAACAACAAACCCAAUCAAAUUCUAUUUUAAAUUUUCAUACAGCUGUGCUAUUGAACAAAAAAGGGACAGUUAACAGUUACACAAACACGUGCAAUGAACUGUCUCAAAGGAAAUGUAAUGUUUCAGUUCAACCCCUAGACCAGGGCUAUUCAGCUCUUAAAGGCGCUGCAUGGUCAAUCUAAUGUCUGCAGUGGCCGUAUAGCAUUUAGUGCAAUAGGGCCUCUGCAGGCUUUGCAAUUGCAUGCCUCCGGAGGCUUCAAUUGUGUCACACCAUCCAUACGGACCACAUUUUCUGAUCAAGCAUAAAUUGGCUUUUACCCUACGAGGUCCAGAGCCUGCUGGUUUUCUGUUGUACCUGAUAAUUAAGUGC